AUGAUUGCUUUUCUGGUGCUCCUUCUCCCUGCUGGAGUUCUGGGGGUCAGCUUGUGGUUUUUAGUGGAAGAUCUGCUGAUUAUUGAUGUUCCUCCUGCUAUCAGCCACAGAGUGAUGUUUCGGAUUUUGUGCCUUGCCUUCAACCAGAUAAUAAAAUGGGGGCUUUUAUUGGAGAAGCUGAGAAUUUGCUCCAUGCCUCGCUUAAUCCAAUUUUUACUUGAUCUACACCCUAAAAUGAAUGACCCUAAAACGAUGGUGACCGAUAUGCGAUUUGGAACAAUUCAGGUAAGGCUGUAUCAGCCCAAGGGUACAUCCUCCGGCCUCAGGCGAGGCAUAAUCUUCUACCAUGGAGGAGGCACGGUGAUGGGCAGUAUUGAUUUGUACCACAACACAUGCAAUUUCCUGGCCCAGAAGACGAACUCAGUGCUGCUCUCAGUUGGGUACCGAAAGCUUCCUGAUUACCAUUAUCCUGUCGGUGCCUCCGAUUGCUUGCAUGCUGCCAUCCACUUCCUGAAGACACUAGAUAUCUAUGGGGUGGACCCCUCCCGGGUUGUGAUCUCUGGGGACAGCAUUGGGGCUUCUGCUGCAGCUUUCAUCAGCCAGGCAUUGGUGGGCAGAACAGAUAUUCCAAAACUUCGGGCUCAGAUUUUGGUUUACCCUGCUCUCCAGGGCAUCAAUUUGCAGUUACCAUCACAUCAACAGAACAAAAAUAUCCAAUUUCUCACAAGAGACUUCAUGAUUUUGUGUUUCUGCCGAUAUUUUACAAUUGACCCCUCCUGGAAAGAUGCCUUGUUAACAGGUGCUUGUGUUCCUGCCCAUAUGUGGGAGAAGUAUAAGAAAUGGCUGAGCGCUGACAAUCUCCCUGAAAGGUUCAGAUACAAGUACCAAGCAGAAUUUCCCGCACCUUUUAAUGAGGCUGCCUACCUGGAAACCAGACAUGCUUUUGAAGUAGAAAAUGUCCCCCUCAUAGCCGAUGACCAGAUUGUCGCUCAGCUUCCCGAAGCUCUCAUAGUGACCUGUGAGUGGGAUAUCCUCCGAGAUGAUGGCCUACUGUAUAAGAAGCGCUUGGAAGACCAGGGGGUCCCUGUGACCUGGUACCACGCAGAAGAUGGUUUCCAUGGAUGUAUGGUAUUCCUUAAUGGCCUUAUAUCUUUUCCCUGUACUCUGAACGUUGGUAAUGUUAUAGUCAACUUUCUAAAGGAAAUAUGA